AUGUCUGCCUCUCCAGCUCCUCAGGGCGGCUCUACCCAGCAACAACAAGGAACAGAUCAAAUCCACUUUAAAUUCUGUCGCGAGUGUUCCAACUUGCUAUAUCCGAAAGAAGAUCGAGCGACGAACUCUCUGGUUUUCGCAUGCCGAACUUGCCAUGUCGCAGAGCCAGCUACAUCAUACUGUGUCUUCCAGAACAAACUCCACAGCCAGGUCGGCGAUACAGCAGGUGUAACACAGGACAUCGGAAAUGAUCCAACAGUUGGUCUCCCACUCUGCCUUCUCUGUGGCGACUUGAUAUGCUGUGACUCUUGUGGAGAUUUGGCAGAUUAUAUGACCUGGGAGAAACCCGCGCAGCCGAAGCAGAGCAGCACCUUAUGA